CAGAACAAGUCGAUUCCCACAGAACUGUGAGACGUGCAAGCAAUGUCUCAUCGCGCAUCGCUGAACCGUUGAGCAAUGUCAGAAGAGGAGAAGGUGCACCAGCUGGUCGAGGUUGUUGGCAUCGAUGAGGAGGCUGCAAGGAACUUGCUGGAGGCAAGCCAGUGGAAUGUGGAGGAAGCCCUCCACCUCUUCUUCGCUGAGGGACAGCAGGUUCCGAGCUUCAGCAGCCGAGAAGGCGAAGAACCCUUGCUGCAGGAUUCCUUCACCGGUUUCACGGCGCAUCUGGGCGGCGUGAUUCCGGUGGCCGGAGCCCAGCGCACGCAGCGCGCGCCGCGCGCAGCGGGUGCCAAUGGCUAUGCGGCGGCAGCCAGGACACCAUCGGAGGUGCCAGCACAGCCCCAGGACAAGUCCUUUCUUGGCACCAUGUCCAAAGUGUGGACUACCGCCCACCAGGCACUAUUGGGUGUGGCUUCCGAGGAUUUCGAGCAGUGGUUCCAGGAUCGCUAUGGUCCGCCAACGCCUGUCUUCGUGAAGGUAACCUUUGGUGAUGCGGUGCAAGAAGCCCUUGGACAGCGGAGGUUGCUGAUGGCUUGGUUUCACCAGGAAGAUAAUGCAGCCUCUCAGAAGUUUUGCAGGGAGGUGCUUCAGACUCGCUGGGUCUUGGACCGACUCGAGGAAGAUCUCCUGCUAUGGGCGGGUGAUGUGUCUCGCUUCGAGCCCUCGCAAGUGGCCAGGCUGCUGGGUUUGCAGCGCUUCCCUGCAUUGGUGCUGCUUCAGCCCGUCGCCAAUGACGUCAACUAUCAUGCCAAUGUCGACUUUCACUGCGUGGAAUGGCCUUUGGGCACCUUUUGCGUGCCCUUGCACAGCUGUCAGUUUUCGAUGGGUGCGGAUGGUUCGACCGUGGACCCGGAAAUGGUGAUUGCAAUGGUCGAGACCACGGCACAGGACUUCCGAGAGGAGGUGCAACAUGUCCAGGAGGAAAUGCAGCGUCGGGACGUGCAAUUAGCGGAAGACCGGCGUUUGCGUGAGCAACAGGACAGAGAGUAUGAAGAGGCCUUGCUCGCAGACCAGCUCGCCGCCCUCCGACGCGCCGAGGACAGCAGCCUUCCAAAUGAUGCAGGCCCGUCGCAGGUCGAUGAGAAGUCUCAAAAGGCCGAAGAGAAGGAGAAGGCCGCCAAGGAAGCGGAAGAGGCCCAAGAGCGGGCCGAGGAGGCUCAACGUCAAAAACGAAAGGACGAAAUCCUCGCGCAACCGGAGCCACCGGCCUCCAGUGCCACUGCAAGGAUUCGUCUACAGCUUCCCUCGGGAGAGCGGCUUCAGCGGACCUUCGCUGCAACGGUGUGCCUCAGUGAGGUCUACGAAUGGGCCCAUUGCUGCCGGCCUGUCGCAGCGCCGAAGCAUUUCGAACUUUGCAUCAACUUUCCAGCCCGAAGCCUCAAGGAUUCGUCCAAGACCUUGAAGGAGCGCGCGAGCUCGCCACGCGGUCGGUGGAGUUCCAAGUGGGAUCGGGAGCUGGACCUGGUUCCUUCUGCUGCAUUGAUUCUGAAAGAGUCCGAGCCAGACGGAGAGAGCGGAUGAACUUUGAAUGUCGUGUCGCACGUAGC